AAACCAAUCAGCAACCUCCAAGCAAACAGUGUAAAAAUGUCGGCGUAGGUGUUUUCGUGUUGUAUUUUUUACUAUUUAUCAGGCUAAAACGCGGGUGCAUUAACGUUAACAAACCUUAAAUAAUAUAUUUUAACUUCCAUCGUUUCAUUUACGUGUCUACACGUUAAUCAGAUAUGGGCGAUGAAAUGGACCCGUGUGAAUGCCUGUGGAACCACGAGCUGGCGAUGCGGCGGCUCAUCUCGCUGCUCCGCCAAGGCCAGUCAUACUGCACAGAUAGUGACUGCAUCGACCAACUGCCAGGGCUGCCGGCGCCGCCUGAGUCGGCCGGCAACAGCUUCCUCGUCAUGUUCUUGGUGAUGGCCCUUGCUGUAGCCAUGUACAUGAUGCGCCCAAGACGCAACCAGAUACAGGAUGCGGCCAAACCAACCGCCAACCCUCAAGAUCGUGACGGUGCCCCGCCGACACCACCAAGAAUUUAAUCGUCGGCCACUGACGAUGUUCUUCAUCAAAGGUUCACAACUAAGAGAAAAACUCGAAUCCCGUAUGUAUUAUAGAUUAAUUGUUAACUGCAUAGCAACUAUAAAUAAUAAAUUAAUAUCUCACUAUAAGUAUAGCAGUUUAAGAUCUAUAGAAUAUAUAAAUAAAAUAUAAUGAUUAAUGUUAUAAAGUGUCUAAUAGAUGUUGCGUUUCCAACACUUCUGAACCUAUGAUAAGAGCAAUUUAUCUAUCAUUCCAUAUAACGAAAUUGUAAUAUAAAUACCAAGUUAUUGAAUAUAUAGAUCUGUUAUGGGAACUCUAAACUUUUUAGUUACAUUGCAUCGUAAACCAUAUAUUUUGUGGUUAACUGGUGCUAGUUUGUUUUAUUUUUUCAAGGGAUGGUGAUAGAUGUGAUGACCUUAUGCGGUGCUGGAUUCACUGUGAACAAUCUCUAAUAAAAAUGCCUUAUAACCCUAUUUUUAUAGGACCUAAGUAAGACAGGUCCCAUUGCCCAUGUGAAAGUAACACAAGAUAUCACAAAAUAAAUACUCAAAAAUGAUAUUUUGUAGCUCAAUAUUAUAGGCAAGUGAUGAGUUUCCUGAAUCCGCACUAAUACUACGAAGAACACUUAUUUUGAAAAUACAUCACAAUUAUUUACGUAAAAUGCGAUAAAAAGACCAUAAUUUACUAGCAAUACUCACAAUUGACAAACAGAACUAAAUUAUUAAUAUUUUUAUCUAAAAUCGUUUUUGUUUAUAUUUUUUUAAAAAGUUGAUUUAUGUAGGCUUCACUUCCAACUCCAACAAGUAUAUCAUCCAUUUGCAUGAGGCUUGAUCAUAUAAGCUCGACAUGUUAAUGUUAUAGUGUGUUUCAUCGAAUAGUACCUAUGGCGUUAUGUUGGCUCCCCUGUCUGUCCAAGUCAUUGGCACCAUAUUUGCAUAAGAAGACGCAGAUUUUUAUUUUCCUGAAUGAAUGAAAUGAAAAUCAAAUGAAAAUGAACAAAAUCUGCGUCUUCUCAUGCCAAUAUGGUGCCAAUGACCACCCAACAGACAGGGGAGCCAACAUAACGCCUAGGUACUAUUCGACGAAACGCACUAUAAGUAGGUAACAUUGUGAAACGCAAACUGUCUAUUUUUUGUUGCUAAGGAGUGAUCAAUGUCAAAACAAUGAGAUAGUUUCAUAAAGUAUCUUCUGUGCGCUAUAUAAACUUGAUCGUGUAAUACGAACUGUCGAUUGGAUCAAGACAUUAAGUAUUGACGAUAAGCUUGAUGGUGUGUAGGGGCCAUUAUAUUUUGUCCAAUAUAUCAUUUUAAAAUCAUAAUGAUAUUUGUCAUAGUAGCUACUUCAUACGAAUUUUUAAAAUGUAACUGGGUGAUAUUUAGAAUUGUUUAUUCAGUUGUGUGCCCUUAAUUAUUCUGUUAAGUUAUAGCUAACAUAUUUACACAUAAUUGAAAAUUUAAAGUGUGUAAAUAAUUUGGUACCUUAUUUAAACAAAAUCAGUACAGUAGUAACAAUACAGGUUCUGUUAUCUGUUCUGUAUAUAAUAUGGUAGAUCAUUGUUUUUGCUAGUAAUAAACUAGAAACUGAAAGGGCUAAAUGGUUUAAACUUUGAAGUAUUUGUCAUACAUUAGAAAACUUACACGUACGCCGGAUUUGCAGUAACUAGUAUUGAGUGAGUACAUUAUACUCUAUCCACGGGAGAAGAUAGUAUAGGGCUCUCUGUUAUGUAAUGCCAUACAAAUGGCGAAGACAAAAAACUCAGUGGGCGUUAACCAUUUUGAGUGGCCAACCAAUGGCAAACAUGUUUUCAAAAAACAUCCGAAAUUCAAUUCUAAAACAUACUUUCGUAUGUGAUUGGCUGGUGACUCAAAAUGGUUGACGCCCACCGAGUUUUUGUCUUUGUCAUUUGUAUUGGAUUACGUAACAGAGAGGCCUAUACUAACUUCUCUCCGUGGAUACAGUAAUGGGACUACUGGGCUUGUGUUACUAGUCUCGAGUUUGUCAGUAAAUGACCCAAUCCCCAAAGUAUUUCAACUUUCUAUCAAUGGUAGACUGGCUAGGUAGGUAGGUACAUUUUUGCUUAUUCUAUGAAGUUGCUACUCUGUCAAUAGUACAUGAGUAUCGUUUCUAUAUACCCACAUAUUUUAUGUAUAACAAAAAGCUAGCUACUUUUGUCUAGCCCAGCAUGUGAUAUUCCACUAGUUUUAGUAUUUUUGUUUAUUUUGGGUUGGGUUUUGAGUUAAAAUUAUGAUAUUUUAUCUCUUAGAUUAAUUAUUAUUCAGCUUUUACACAUUGACAACUGCAAUCGAAAUUGUAUAUUAUGCAAAAAAAUAAAGAUAAUUGUGACACUAA